CCGCGGCGGCCGGAUUUCCUGAGAGCCUCUCGGAGUUUUGGAGGCGAGAGAGCCGUGCGGAGGGGGGCUUGGCGCCGGCUGGCCGUGGCUGGUGGUGUCUGACUUUUUGUUCCUCCACGACACCCCUUCUGGCCACCAUGAGGCCUCCCGGCCUCGCGCCCUUGGCCGGCUCUCCCCUGCGGACCGGAGAAGGCGCGGUCCCGGACCCGCGCCUCACGCCCCUGUCGGUCGGACUCUCCCCGGGCGUGUGCCGCACCAAACUAGGGCGAAGCUUGGCUAGAGAGGAGCCGAGAAGCCGGGUGCCUGUGCGUGCGUAAAUGCACCGUAUGUAGCGAGGAGUCCGCCUCCCACCGAGCCGUUCGGGGUUUGUUGCUCUGGUUGUCAGAUGUCGGAAGGCAACAGGACAGAACAUACUCUCCGUGUUGUUUUUUUUUUUUGAUAUCCGUCCUGGGGUUCUGUGAUGAAAAGUGAACUUUGGUUCCUGUGACUCGUGCCUGUUGUCGAUAGAGUUGAGCUUUGCAUUGAGGGAUAAAUAAAAGCACCGCCUCCCACCUGGACAUAAAUGGAUCUGAAGACAGCAGUGUUUAACGCAGCUCGCGAUGGCAAACUCCGGCUUCUCACCAAGUUGUUGGCCAGCAAAUCCAAAGAGGAGAUUUCCUCCCUGAUCUCCGAGAAAACGAAUGGGGCCACGCCGCUCCUGAUGGCGGCCAGGUAUGGGCACCUGGACAUGGUGGAGUUCCUCUUGGAGCAGUGCAGCGCCUCCAUAGAAAUAGGGGGCUCGGUCAAUUUUGACGGUGAAACCAUCGAGGGGGCUCCCCCUUUGUGGGCCGCUUCUGCAGCAGGACAUCUGAAGGUGGUCCAGUCUCUGUUAAAUCAUGGAGCAUCUGUGAACAACACGACUUUGACCAAUUCAACUCCUCUAAGAGCUGCCUGCUUCGAUGGCCACUUGGAAAUAGUGAAGUACCUUGUAGAACACAAAGCUGACUUGGAAGUGUCAAACCGGCAUGGGCAUACCUGCUUGAUGAUUUCAUGUUACAAAGGACACAAAGAGAUUGCGCAGUAUUUACUUGAAAAGGGAGCAGAUGUUAAUAGAAAGAGUGUUAAAGGUAAUACUGCAUUGCAUGAUUGUGCAGAAUCUGGAAGUUUGGACAUCAUGAAGAUGCUUCUAAUGUAUUGUGCCAAGAUGGAAAAGGAUGGUUAUGGAAUGACUCCCCUUCUCUCAGCAAGUGUGACUGGUCACACAAAUAUUGUGGAUUUUCUGACUCACCAUGCACAGACUAGCAAAACAGAGCGGAUCAAUGCUUUAGAGCUUCUGGGAGCUACAUUUGUAGACAAAAAAAGAGAUCUACUUGGGGCUUUAAAAUACUGGAAAAAGGCAAUGAACAUGAGGUACAGUGAUAGGACUAAUAUAAUUAGCAAACCAGUACCUCAGACACUAAUAAUGGCUUAUGAUUAUGCCAAGGAGGUAAACAGUUCAGAAGAGCUAGAAGGUCUUAUUGCUGAUCCUGAUGAGAUGAGAAUGCAGGCACUAUUAAUUAGAGAACGUAUUCUUGGUCCUUCUCAUCCUGAUACCUCUUACUAUAUUAGGUAUAGAGGUGCUGUCUAUGCAGACUCUGGAAAUUUCAAACGAUGCAUCAACCUAUGGAAGUAUGCUUUGGAUAUGCAACAGAACAAUUUGGACCCGUUAAGCCCAAUGACCGCCAGCAGCUUAUUAUCUUUUGCAGAACUGUUUUCUUUUAUGUUACAGGAUAGGGCUAAAGGCCUGCUGGGUACCACUGUUACAUUUGAUGAUCUUAUGGGCAUAUUGUGCAAAAGUGUCCUUGAAAUAGAGCGAGCUAUCAAACAGACUCAGUGUCCAGCUGACCCCUUACAGUUAAAUAAGGCUCUUUCCAUCAUUUUGCACUUAAUUUGCUUGUUAGAAAAAGUUCCUUGUACUCUAGAACAGGACUACUUCAAAAAGCAGACUAUAUACAGAUUUCUUAAGCUGCAUCCAAGGGGAAAGAAUAACUUCAGCCCUCUUCAUCUGGCUGUGGACAAGAAUACUACAUGUGUAGGGCGGUAUCCUGUUUGCAAAUUUCCAUCUCUGCAAGUUACUGCCAUACUGAUAGAAUGUGGUGCUGAUGUGAACGUCAGAGACUCCGAUGACAACAGUCCCCUACAUAUUGCUGCUCUGAACAACCAUCCAGACAUCAUGAAUCUCCUUAUCAAAUCAGGUGCACAUUUUGAUGCCACAAACUUGCACAAACAAACUGCUAGUGACUUGUUGGACGAGAAAGAAAUAGCUAAAAAUUUGAUCCAGCCCAUAAAUCAUACCACAUUGCAGUGUCUUGCUGCUCGUGUCAUAGUGAAUCAUAGAAUAUAUUAUAAGGGGCAUAUCCCAGAAAAGCUAGAGACCUUUGUUUCACUUCACAGAUGAUAAUUUGACUGUAUUUUAGCACUGUUAAAGCACGAAUUAUUAACAGUUGUUUCAUAAAUGAGCACUGUUGUGAUAACACCAGCAUUCAUUUAGCUUGAUAUCAUCGUGCUCUCAUUGGCUAAAACAUUAUAAGCAUCAAAUUUACAGGAUUGGUUUCCCAGUAUUUACUAUAAAUAUACCAUAUAAUAUAUUGUUUGUGAAUUAUUGAAAAAUGUAAUGUCAUAAUUCAAAUUUCUAAAAUUGUCUGCCAAAGGCUUAUUCAUUCUAGUUUUGUUUGCUGUUUGGUGUUUGGGACAGAGUUAACCAUUCUUCAGUGGUAUCUUUAUACCCUUCUGGUUUGUGAAUUUUAUACAAUUGAAGGUCUUUCUUUUCUGCUUUUUUCCAAGCUUCUACCAUUUUCACUUUAUAUUUUUUCUAACCAUUUCUACUUAUCAUUUCCCCAUCCUCUUAUGGACCCAUAAACUUUAUGUACAAACUUUAUGGACUCGUUACCAUAUGCAGUUACCAUAAGUGCUUUAUCUUCUCUACGCACCGGCUUAAACUUGACUGUUGUAUAUUAGCAUAUUUUCUAUGCAGCAGUUGAUCAACUUCAACUCAAAACACUGUUGAGUUUGUUACAAAGUUCAUUUUAUGAAAGUACUCUUGUAGCAUGGCAAUUUCUACAGCUAUUGGUUAGCUACCUGAGCUCAAGCUUUUUUUUUCUUCCACAUCUGAGAUUUCUUUCUCUAAUCCACUGAAGUUAUUAUGUGCUAAAUUUGGGAAACAAAUCUAACUCAUUAACCCAGUUGAAAUUUAGGUCUGUCAUCUUAAUAUAUCAUGCAGUAAAAGGAGGAAUCUUUUAAAAGUGACCCACCUUUCAUGCUGUGCCAGCAUUGUCCUGCUUGUGCUGAUGAAGUGAUUAGGUAUAGAGAAGCUUAAAUUUAAACUCAAAUUUAUCACACAGCUUAAUGAGUCACAUUGAAAUAUUCAGUAAUUGAACUGCAAAUCAUUUUUAGUUACAAAAAGAGCUAAAGCAUGUCAAUGGCAUGAUGCUUGCCAAGCCAAAUCUAGACAUCUAGGAUAAUUAAGAUAUUUUAGUAUGCAAUUGACUGCCAUUGUAUCAAAGGUCAGUAACAAUGUUCUUUCUUUCUUCAAGCUUAAGUAUACCUUUAAAGAUAACUUGCAUGAAUUAUUUUGGUCUCAAUUAUUUGUCACCAUAGUUAAACACAAAAGGUUGCAGUGCUUUUCCCUUACUGAAAGUUAGUUUUUCUUGACUUUUUUUUCCCCCCUCAGUGUUUUUUAAACAGCUUUACUAAUGCCACAGAAAGGGCUCUUUUAACUUAAGAUAAAUGAAACAUACUAAAAAGAUUCAGGUAAUUAUUAUUCAGCACUUUAUUGUUUUUCAGAAUAAAAUUUAUGAUGGCAUAUUUGCCCUGCAAAUGUCUUACUUAAUGAAAUUGUUAUAAAUAAAAACUCCUUAUUGGUUUGAGAAAAACUCGGUUUACCUGUGAGUUUAGUGAGCUGGAUCACUGGGAUUUUUCUGUCAUUUUAUUCUGAGGGUUGAUGUACUAGUAUUUAAGGAGUCAUCAUUGCAAACAGUCACAUUAGGUUUAUUUCAUCUUUACUCAGUAAAAUGCUUUUAAUGAAGAAUAGUAAAUAAAACAGCAUUAGACUUUGUGGUUAAAUAAUUGAGGUUUAAUUUUUAAAAAGAUAUCCUUAUUUUACUAGGUUGUAAAUUUAAUUUCACCAUUAAAAGAGGUGAAUUGGAUUUAAAUGGUUCCUCUCUAAUCUUUUGAUGAAGAGAUUUUAAUAUCUUACCAUGGGCAAAUUCGAUGAAAUAUUUGAACUGCCACAUAUAUUAAGAAUAAUUUGUGAUUUAGACAAGUAUUCUAGAAAUAUCAGACAUCAAUAUUUUAAAUAAUUGACUCAACUGUGAUACAAGAAUUAUAUAUGCCUGAGCUAUUUUUUUUUUUU